AUGGCCAUGGACAUGCUAAUGGCCGGAGUGGAUACUAAUCCGGAGAAGCAGGCCGUACUUCGAGAAGAGGUGAUGAAGGUUCUACCCGAGAAGGACUCCGAAUUCACUGAGGCAUCGAUGAAGAACGUUCCCUAUCUACGUGCCUGCAUCAAAGAGUCACAACGGAUCUAUCCUUUGGUCAUCGGCAAUGGCCGAUUUCUCAAUCGGGACAGCGUUUUGAGCGGAUACCAAGUGCCAGCUGGUACCUGUGUGUCGAUGGUUCCCCUGAGCUUGCUAUCAAGCGAGGAGCACUUCCACAAGUCUGCUGAGUUCCUGCCAGAACGUUGGAUUCGUAACGCCACAGACUCCAACGGGCAAUGCCCGGCAAAUGACUUGAAGCUGAAGAAUCCGUUUGUGUUCUUGCCCUUCGGAUUUGGACCCCGGAUAACGCUUUCCGCUCCUCCCUGA